CUUCACGUAUUUUCACUUUCUGUUUAUGCUUAUCAUCAUGGGAAGUGAAAAGAAGACUGUGAUUUUAACAGGGUUUGGGCCUUUUGGAGAACACUCAGUCAAUGCCAGCUGGGUGGCCGUACAGAACCUGAAACAAAGAAACUUGUUACCCAAUGUGAAUGUCCACAUUGAGGAAAUUCCAGUAGAUUACAUGAAAGUUAGUCAGAUUGUGCCAGACUUGUGGAAGCAAAAAAUUCCUCAGCUGGUGGUGCAUGUUGGGGUAUCAGGAAUAGCAGAUAAAAUAACCUUAGAACAGAGGGCUCACAAUUUAGGAUACCACCGCAAAGACAUUGGAGGGAAAACUCCCACCCAGGAGUGUUGUCAGGAAGACGGGGAGGAGUGCAUCUGUACCGGGAUUGACAUGAGCCAAGUCAGUGAUGAAAUCAACAAGGCAGACAACAGACUGGAAGCGGAGGUCUCUCAUGAUGCUGGGAGGUAUUUAUGCGACUUCUCCUACUACACUUCCCUGUCAAUCGACCGGUCUUGUUCUGCAUUCAUUCACGUCCCACCACUGAAUCAACCCUACACAGAGGAUGAGUUAGGAGAGGGCCUGGCCACAGCCAUUUCUGCAAUGCUAAAACAACUCCCAUGAUAAUCAGCAACUCAUCAAAACCAAAGGAAUCCAAGUCAAUUCAUUUGUAAAAGAGCCUCAUGCUAUAUAUUCUAUAUUGUAUUUAUUGUUGAAAAAAAGUAAUCAUUUUUAUGGCUUUUCUUUUAAGCAGAUAUACUAGACUAAGUAUACCAUUAGAGUUUUAUAAUGUACCGUAUAAGCAGCAUUUUUAGCGAGAGAUUAAUUUUGGUAUUAUUAGCGAAGGUGUUGAGAUUGCUGAAAUUGAAUAUCUCUAAUCAUUGUUUCCGUAUUGUAGGUUGUAUUUACUUUUCUUGGAAUUAUAAAGUCAUUAAAAUCAGCUCUCGCUAAAUGUAUGUACCCAUUUUUUAUGGAAAAAUUGCUAAAUUUGUGUCUCGUUAAAAAUUACACUUCUACGGUACUCCGAUAUGGAUGAUAUUCAAGAUUGAAUGUGUAUUAUUUGGCACUAGAUCGUGUGUAGAUAUUUGUUCCAUAUGAUUUUAUACAGCAUUCUAAAUGUGUAUCAUCUUGUUGUAAAAUUUUGAUAUUAUCUGUUUGAAUUUCCAGCUCAAACUAGCUUUAAACGCUUUUACUGAUCAAAGUUUUUCCAUCAUCAGUCUGUCAUAUAUUUCUUUCCAAUAUUUCUAUCUUAAUCAGUGGAUUUGCAGGGAAUUUUACAGUUUAGCAAAUGAAGGGUUUCACUCCAUUUAAAGAACAUAUUGAGAUAGAAAUAUACGGUAAACAUUAAGUGGAGCCAAACUUCUUCAAAUAUGUUCUAAUCUUGGUCCCUGGCAAAUUGAAAUAUCCAGGAAAAAUCAACUACAAGGCUACCUUUUGUCAAAACUGCAGAAUUGAAAAUACAGUAAAACAUAGGGGAAUAAAUAUUUAUUCCUCUAUGAGAGUACAAUUACAAAUAUUUUAUUGGAUAUAAUGAAAUAUGGUUAUAAUGAAUUGUUUAAAGCUGGCCUGGAGGUUCACUAUAACCAUGUUUUACUGUAUUUUCAAUUCUACACAGUUUUGACAAAAUGUAGCCUUGUAGUUGAUUUUUGUGUGUUUUACUUAGUCCUAGAUAUGACGCGAGGUCUAAAAGGACUUCUCAAGAACUAGACUACAACAGCACAAUAUAGCUGUGAUAUUACUGGAGAAGAUAUAACUCAAGUGUAGGUUCGAAUAACUGCCUAUUGAAGUCAAGGAUGAGCUCAUUUGUAGAAAACCAGGAAACUUGAUGUCUCAAAAUAACAUGAAUGAUCUUGGCAGGAUUUAGGACAAAAUGUAUACAGUAAAACACAAAUAUAGAGAACCCCCAGGGCAGUGCAAAACAGCUCAUUAUAACCAAACUUCAUUAUACAGUUAAACACGGUUAUAGAGAACCCCCAGGGCUAGUGAAAAAGAGCUCAUUAUAACCAAACUUCAUUAUACAGUAAAACACAAAUAUAGAGAACCCCCAGGGCCAGUGAAAAACAGUUCAUUAUAACCAAACUUCAUUAUACAGUAAAACAUGGUUCUAGCAAACCCCCAGGGCCAGUGAAAAAGAGCACAUUAUAACCAAACUUCAUUAUACAGUAAAACACUGUUAUAGAGAGCCCCCAGGGCCAGUGAAAAACAGCUCAUUAUAACCAGACUUCAUUGUACAGUUAAACAUUGUUAUAGCAAACCUCAAGGACAAGCCAAAACAGUACUUAAUUAUACAGUAAAAUACAGUAGACCAGCCAAAAACAGCUCAUUAUAGCCAAACUUCAUUAUACAGUAAAACACGGUUAUAGAGAACCCCCAGGGCCAGUAAAAAACAGCUCAUUAUAACCAAACUUCAUUAUACAGUAAAACACGGUUAUAGAGAACCCCCCAGGGCCAGUGAAAAACAGCUCAUUAUAACCAAACUUCAUUAUACAGUAAAACAUUGUUAUAGCAAACCUCAAGGGCAAGCCAAAACAGUACUUAAUUAUACAGUAAAAUACAGUAGGCCAGCCAAAAACAGCUGAUUAUUUUUUAUAUAUAUAUAUAUUUUAUUAUUUUUCAACAUUCUGUACAUAGUUCAUGGUAUAUCUUCAUAAUAUAUACAUGUAAUAUAGAAUUACAGAAGUGUUUAUUUCUUUUAGAGAAAGAAAAAAAGAAGGAGAGAGAGAGCUAUGAAAUUAUUUGGUUCCAUCUGUUCCAAAGGGCAUCAAAAUUUUCAGUAUCAAAACAGCUGAUUAUAACCAAACUUCAUUAUACAGUAAAACACGGUUCUAGUGAACUUCCAGGGCCAGCCAAAAACAGUUCUUUAUAAUCAAACUUCAUUGUACAGUAAAAUGGUUCUAGCAAACCUCCAGGGCCAGCCAAGAACAGUUCAUUAUAACCAAACUUCAUUAUACAGUAAAACGGUUCUAGUGAACCUCCAGGGCCAGCCAACACCCCCCCCCCCCCCCCCAAAAAAAACAACAGUUCAUUAUAACUAAAUUAUACAGUAAAACAUGAUUAUAGAGAAACUUCAGGGCCAUCAAAAAAUAAUUUGCUGUAGCCAAAGUUUGUUAUAUCUGAUAAAGUAUUUGUUAUUUUCUUCUCAUAGGGGAAUAAAUAUCAUUUUGUAAUAAGCAUGAACUCAUUAUAAACAUGUUCAUUAUAAGCUUGUUUUACUGUACCUGGAUCAAAAGUGAACUUGUCUUUCAGUUUUAUGGCCCCAAAGCAAGGAACUUGAUAGAGUGACAGGUAAAAAGGAGCAACACAAAAUAACCCAGUCAUUUUAGAACCAGGUCGACUUUCUGAAUUGUAACACUACUCUUCUGAGUUCUCCAAGGCAUUGUUAAAUACCAGUGUUGAAAUGGGUUGGUCGAAUGAGUAUCAGUGAGAUAUAUUUAAACAAUGAAAUGUUUUCUUUGUUGUUUUAUGGGUUGUUGAAGGUAUAGCUACUAGCUAGCAUUGCAGGAAAAAAUCCAUAACCCGCGUAAGUGGGUUAUUUUAAUUUUUAUGCAAUGAUUGCUGCCUUCAUCACCCGAUAAAACAAUAAAGAAAGAAAUGUUAUUGUUUAUAUUUUUUUAAAAUAUAGAUUUAUCGAUAAGUACUAAAAUAUCUCAUCUUUGACCAUUUCGUCACUUUAAACGGAACAGCCAAACACCCUUUGACCUUGGCAAUGCUCCAUAUUUAGUAAUUAUUACACAGACGGGUAAUACUAAAAAAACGGAUUGAACUGGUUUGCAACAAACAUGUAUUCAUUGUCUAUGAUGAAAGCAAUGUCAAUUUUAAAAGAAGUAUAAGAGAAAAGAUUCAGUGAAUGUAAAUAUAUAAUGAUGAUAACUCAGGUGAGCAAAUGAUCCCUUUUUAGACUGUAUUUCAGUUCAAGCUUAUUUUCAAAGUUUCCUUGUAUUUUUGAUAUUGUAAUAUGGUAUGUGAUUUUGUUAUGUUAAUAAAAUGUUGGAGUAAUAUGGUAUGUGAUUUAUUAUGUUAAUAAAAUGUUGAACAUUUCUAA